UUUUAACACUUUAUUUACACCGCUAUCAGAUAAAGUAGGAAUUCAUUUUUGUUACCCUAAAAUGUCGUCGCCGAAAAAAGACGACAAAUUGUCGCCAUCAGAGGAAUCUAAAAAUGAAAGUAGUGAUGCUGUAAAAGAGAGACUGCAGGGGCAGGAAGACAAUAAUGAGGACAAUUCAGAAACAGUGCGGACCACUUCUUUCUCUGUGGCCGACAUACUGGACCCUCGGAAAUUUACGGGAUGUUCGGUGACGGAAAAAUCUCGAGUGUGGACUCCAUGGAAAGACCGGAAGCGGCGGCUGACGGACAGUGGCGAAAGUACCUCAGAUGACGACAGAACGGAAGGGCCAGGUAGCACGGAGACAGCCACUGAUUUGUCUUGCAAAAGUAGAGUGGGGUCUGAAGCAGAAGAUGAUCUACGUCAUGAUGACGAAAUGGAUGACGAAGAGGAUUUGUUAAGUGACAAUGAAGACUGUUUGGACAAAAAAUGUAAAAACUUUGAUUCUUCAAAAGCGGGAAAACCUCGACGAGCGAGGACAGCGUUCACAUAUGAACAGUUAGUCGCUUUAGAGAACAAAUUCAAAACGACCAGAUACCUCUCUGUUUGUGAAAGACUCAACUUGGCCCUUUCAUUGAACCUAACUGAAACCCAAGUAAAAAUCUGGUUUCAAAAUCGUCGCACGAAAUGGAAGAAGCAGAACCCAGGAAUGGAUGUAAACAGCCCCACAGUGCCAGUUUCUUCAAGUGUGUCCACAUUUUCUUCCCCCUACUCGUCUCUUUAUGGACAGGGGCUCCAUCCCUAUCUACCUAGUCAUAACUUGAUGGGGGCGCUAGGGCUACUUCGGGCCCACCCUGCCUAUGCCGGUCAGAAUCAUCCAAUGUACUACCCCUACCUAGGACAGAGUACGUAAUAAAUAUAUCAGUCUGAAAAAUUGUGAAAAUGUGUUUUUGUGGAAUAAAUGAUUCCUCUUUGAAAUGGCUCGGAUUCGUUUUUGCGGUUUUGAAACGUAUUUGAACAAGAGAAAGGAACCAUGAAAAUAUUCACAGCAUUAGUGACUUUGGUGACGCGCUGUGAGUGAUACUAAAGUACCCCUAGGGAUCGAUUUUUGAUCUCGUGCAAAAGAACGGUAAACUAAUAUUUAAUAUUUAUUCACCAGACUCAUUAUAUAAUGACGAGUUGUCACGGAGAAAAUUUAUUAAUUGUACUGAUUUCAAAGUAGAAAUUUAUAUUUCCCUGUAUAUGUGCUAGUGAUAAUUUUAUUGUAAAUAAAGAGAAUGA